AUACGGGCUCGCGCUCCUCAGCUGAUGCCAAGAACGCGCACACAGGUAGAGAAGGAAAGAGGAGGAGAAGAGUUUGGAGAUUAAAACCGUUGAAGUUUGAAUGGAGGAUGUGAGAUCUCACCACUGAAACGGUUUAUGGUGAAUGAUCCUGACCAAGCAGGUUUGACCAAUCAGCUGCCUGCCUUGUGGCCUCACCGGUGUUACUGCUUAUAUUGAUCAGAUCAUUGAUCUCUGUGUUGCCUGGACCCUGUGAUCACUGCCUGACCAGACCAGAGAACUACAUCACUGCCACUGGAGUAUGAGCACUGACCUUUUCAUUGCUGAUACUGGAUUAUUGAUCACGCAUUAGCUGGGAAAAAUCGGUGGAUCAAUGGCAGCAUCACACCUGACCCAGAAUGAUGAUGUUCACCUUCAUGUUGAAGCUGUGGCCCCAACAAAUGCACCUCCUAAUCCUCUGAGGGUUGCUAAUGGUACCCCAACCUGCCACGCUUCCUUGCCAUCAACCCCCACCGAUGCCCAUGAAGGCAAGAAUGAACACAAGCACAGCAAACUGAGGAGCCUGUUCAAACAGAACGAGCUGAUCGACUCUCUAAGCAAUGGGCUGAAGCGACACUGCAACUAUGUCAAGAUCACCGUGUCGGAAGAAUGGGCAAACCACCUCCCGAAGGAGUGGUGGAAGACGGGCGUGGCCUUCCUCUAUGCUCUGUUCAACCUUAUCUUCACCACUGUCGUGAUCACCAUCGUCCAUGAGAGGGUGCCGGACAAGUCUGUGAGCCCACCACUGCCUGACAAGUUCUUUGACUACAUGGACCGAGUCCCCUGGGCAUUCACUGUCACCGAGGUCAACGGGCUGAUCCUGGUCGGACUCUGGCUCAUCCAGUGGAUAUUCCUCAAACACAAAGCCAUCGUCGGUCGCCGCUGUUUCUUCCUGAUUGGGACGCUGUACAUGUAUCGCUGCAUCACCAUGUACAUCACCACACUGCCGGUGCCUGGGAACCAUAUGGUCUGCGCUCCGAAGCUCUACAACAACUCAACUGGGAAAAUCGGGAGGAUCCUAAGGCUGCUCUCAGGAGGAGGUUUGUCUCUGACCGGCUCCCACCUUAUGUGCGGAGACUUCCUGUACAGCGGACACACUGUCAUGCUGACUUUGUCCUACCUGUUCAUCAAGGAGUACUCUCCUCCCUGGAUGUGGUGGUAUCGCUGGGUCUGCUGGUUUCUCAGUGCCUCGGGGAUCCUCUGCAUCCUGAUCGCCCACGAGCACUAUAGCAUCGAUGUGGUGAUCGCAUACUUUGUCACCACCAGGAUUUUCUGGUGGUACCACGCCAUGGCCAACACACAUGCACUGCAUCAGGCUCCCAGCAACUACCUGUCGAGGACCUGGUGGAACCCAGUCUUCAACUUCCUGGAGAAAAAUGUCCAGACGACGGUUCCCAUAGUGUUUGAAUGUCCGGUGGCCCUGCCUUCAUCCUGCAGACAGAGAUACAAAAUGGUGGAGGGGGCGAGGGACGAGUGAGGACGGAGGAGGAGAUAACAGACAUGGGGUGAUGGAGCAGCAUACCACCUGCCUGACCCCUGGAUGAAAGAACAGGUGGAUUGAGAUGGACAGAGGAGUUAUUUAUUAGAAGCCAGGAUUUCCACUGCUCUCCUGAUUCCUGAGUAAUAGGAGGAGGCACCAAAGAGGUGUUAUGUUUACAUGAUCAUGAUCACGAUCACUUGGUAUUUAUUUAGUUCACCUUCCUCUUCAAUUAUGUCUGAAAUGUUCAGACUAAAUGAAGAGUGUUAUCUGGGGAGGUUUGUGAGGUUGACUUCCAGCAGUGCUCGUUAAGAGAAUGAGGGUUUGAUUCUGCUCAGAAGUGAAGUAAGUGCCACGUAAAGCCAAAAGUCAUUCAAAAAUGAGUUUUACUUCACUGUCCCAUGAUAUUUUCUCUCAAGCCUUUAUCAUAUCUCUAAAACCAGCUUAAAGCAUCUCUUCUCCGUGUUACUUUAUUUUCUUGGACAAUACGUCACACAGUAACUCAUUUAAACUUUUUUGGGGACUGUCGACCAAAGCUAUGAUGAUUAAGGCAGCAACUAAUGAUUGUUUCCAUUAUAGAUUCAUUUGACGUCAUCUUGAGAUGUUUUUUCAACUGAAGUCAGAAAAUAUUUAGUUUAUAUUAGACAAAAGUAGGAACAUUGGACUAGUAUUAGUUGACAUAUGACUGAAAUGAUUGUUUAAAAUUAUUUUUCUGGUGAUGAACUAAUUGUUGCAACUCCAAUUUCAGUCCAGCCAAAAACGAUUUUGUGUUCUGACAUGUCAGAUAAUGAUUGUAAAGGGCUAACAGCUACGCAACCAAUGCUGUUGGCUAACUGGGUGAUAGUGCAAAUUAAGAACAGCUAGUUACUGAAAAUUUAUCAGUUUGUCAUUAUUGUGUGGUUUUUCUUGUGAUUAUUGAGGUUUCGUUGCUCAGUUGUAUAUACAGGGACACAAAACAGAUUUUGAAAUCAUGAAUAUAUUUACAGGACAGAUGAUGGUACAGAAGAGGAACCUUACCCCAAACUAGUACAUGUUUUGUUGUUGACAUGCCAAGCAAGAAAAUAACUUUUGUACAAUGAGUGAUAUCAAGUGAAAGUUUGUGUGAUUGAAAUGGGUGCAGUUAGCCACAUGCCAGCAUUGACCUGAUCAAUUUGGAUGAGUAGUGCCAAAAAUCUAAAUGAAAAGAUUAAGCAGGCAGAAAAAGCAAACGAAGCUUUCAGCAAGAAAACAUUACAUUAAAUGUUUAAACUGUUUAUUUCUGACUGUUUGGUGCAUUAACGUGCAUGACAUUUAGGACCAAAGCUAAACUGCUAGUGACCUUAUGAUUGUUUAUGUAUUUGAAUUUGCGCAGCUAGCCACAUGCUAGCUCUUUAUCCGUUAUUGUUUUGAUACGUAAUGUCAUUGAAAGUAAAAAAUAUUAUGUUUAGCAUAUGUGAAAGAGAAACGUAUCAUCCUAAAAAUUUAAAAUGUUGGGAUUAUUUGUUGCUGUCUGGGUUUGGAAGCUAGCCAGAGCUAGAGCCGGACCAAAGCUAACUAAGAUAGCAACUUAACAUUCCCAGUUCAGUGGGUUGAAGUGAAUGAAGUUUACUGUAUGCGACUUCCUGUACUUGAUUAUUGUUUAUUUAGAAUAUAAUUCAUGUGAAAUUCCAUGAAGUAUUGAGACACUGAGUUCUGAGUGGUCCGUUUUUUAAAUUUUCAUUUUGUGCCAUUAUUGUACAAUUAAUCAUUAAAUAAUAACAUCUUGUAUAGUUUUGAUGCACCGACACUCCCAGAAAAAGGCUAACGUAAAAGAUGUAGCUUGUGCUUUUCAUGUUUUUUUUUUAUUUUGGAUAAGAAAAGGUUUCUGCAGGGUUUGUCAAAUAAAUUAAAUUCAAGCCUUU